AUGAAAUCCAUCUGCCUGCAACACUGUAUGUCCGACACUACCCUUGCGGAAGCAUACCUGCUACGAUACACCAACCAUUCCUACAUCACCCGCCAAGUUUUUGUGACAAUGCAAAACUUGAUGCCCUUUCUCAAUGACAACCAUGCUGCAACGAAAGAUAUGUUCACACGCCUCUGCAGGAUCGGCGGCCUCUCGGCCCGCGUUGUCCGCAUGUCCAUGUACCUUUUACAAGCGCUCCAGGCCAUGGCGUGGGCAAUGAAGCAGGACAUACCCGACGCAGCGAAGCCGUUUCUGGAACCGUGGGUCAAGUUGGCGAUCCAGGAGACUGAGACAAGGCCACCGAGUUAUGCUGUGCCAGAUCGUGAGGAGAUCAAAGCCCUUUUGGCGGAGGAUGACCAGGGUGUUGAAGGAGGUGCAGACAGCGGCACUGAGCUUUGGGCUUUGGUUGAGAAGUGGGCAGUCAGUGGUGGUAGAAGUUUUUGA